AUGAUAACAAAAUAGGAAUAUAAUUAACCAAUAGCAUUUCUUAAUUCCAAUUUGGUUAAAGGAUAUGAUGAUUAAAAUCUAAUAUCAUGGAUGCUAUCUAAAGAAAAGAAUUUUAAUCUUUUUGAAAGACUAUUAUAGGCUUCUAAUCUUUUUUAAUAGAUAAUAUUUAUAAUCUCUAUAUUUUUGAAAGUUAUUGGUACACAUCAACAAACAAAGGAAGCUAAAGAAAUGCAACUUUUAUGA